GCGCUGGACAAGUUGUCAGCUCAUAUUGCGAGAACGAUCGUGCAGCAAAUCGCGACGGCUAGCGCGUCAGGCCAAGCUCCACCUGCGGCGUGCAAGCUCGACCUGAAGGGCUAUAUUGAUGGCGAUGUUUCGUCUUCUAUUGAUUUUAGUGGAAGGGAUUCUUCUGUGGCCACAACAGAAACACCUUUUGAAUCCUCAGUUGAAUGGAGACAGACCGAGCAGGCUCAUAUUGGUAGCGAAGUACAACCUUCUGGAGACACUGUUCCAAGACGAAGUAAUCGGCCACGUCGAGCACUGAACAAUGACUCUGACUCGGAGUCAUCGAAACGGCGGAAGAUCACAGGAGGAUUGAGAUUACAACGACCUACUGGAUCAGCAAACCAGAGCAUGUCACCUGAGGCUGCAGAGAGCGAGCAAGCGCCCGUCCGUCGUCUUCAGACGGAUGUUAGGGAGAAACCACAGAGACGAACGACAAGGGAUGAACCAGCCUUACGUCCUUCCACUCUGAGCAAAUUAGUCGUUGGCAUUUGGGAGCAGAUUUUCAGUAGCAUGAGUUUUGACAUCAGCGUCGUCUCAAGCGAAUGGCGAACAACUGGAUUCCAGGCCCAUCGAACACUAAUCACGGAUAUGGCCGAGGAUGGCCAUCAACCUAGCGCAGUACAAGUACCGCCAGCUACAUCGCCAGAAAGGACUUUUACUAGGAUGAAUUUGUUGUGUCGAAAAAUCAGUCAGGCCAGUCGAUGCUCACGAGCUCUCGAAGUAGUGGUUCAAGCUUCAUGGGUUGAAUAUUUCGACCGCCAGGUCCAGGAGAUUGCAAAAGGAAAUCCUCAAUUAUCGGCUACGAAGGCUAGAAUGAAAGCGCUUGCUCAGGCGUGUUCUGAAAUUGGGUGGAGNGCCAUCUGGCGUGGCUACAAAGAAAUCAAAGACCAUGGAGGAUGGGUAUGUUUGGUGUUCGCAGGAAUGGGCAUCUACAGAUUUUGCAAGUAUCGCAUCGGCUUCGAUCCAGAGUCUAUGGCAAGUCUCAGACGAAUGCGUGCCCGAUUCGAAGUUGCCGCUGACACAUUGCACCCGUACUGGCGAGACAUGCUAGCAAUCGUUGGCGACCCUUCCACUCGCGCCUACACCGGCCACCCACACGACUGGGUCGUUUCCGACCAGGAUGAUCCUGUACCGCUCAAACAAACCUACCUACAGUACGACCCACAAUUUUCUUUCACCCAUCUGGAGUCUUCGGUCGUGGACCCUUAUGCAUUUGGCGCCAACGAUCCUCGUCAAGUCGCUGUGGUGACACAACAAUCAGCCUUUGUUUGCAGCGUAUGCGGAGAAAAACAAUCAGAAGAUGUAACCGAGAGCACAUGUCGAUGCUUCCCGAACCUUUUCGGCAGUGACCAUCUACCCAUGGCGCCUGUCCAAAUCUUCCGCACCAAGAAUGGACGCAACAACGGGCUUAUGGCAUGUUGUCCUUUCGAACGCGGCGUCGCAAUUGGCGAAUUUACAGGUCUCAUCACAAAAGGCCUCGAAGGCAUAGACGUCAUGCAAGCCGAAGCCGAGCAACGCUAUCAGAUCUACCAGGGCCGCGAAGGCAACUACACUCGCUUUGUCAACCACUCUUGCCGCCCGAACUCCCAGUUCCAGCGUUUUGUGUGGAUGGGGAUGCAGAGGAUCAUUCUCGUGAGCAGAGGCAUAGAAGCUGGACAGGAAAUCACGGUCGACUACUCGGAUGCUUAUUGGCGUAAUCUGCCUAAGACGUGUUUAUGCCAAGAGAGCUGUUGUAGGUUCAAGGAUAGGGAGAGGGGUACACAGAGGAUUGAGAGUGUGGCUACUUCGCCUGCUUCA